CACAAAUCAACUAAAAGAUAAGUGAGAUUUUACUGUUUAUCAAAAUGUCACUGAAAGCAGUUGUAAAACAAAAGAUAAUGAAUGAGGUGAUCAAACAGAAGAAGGGACUAGCAAAAGAACUUAACUGGCGAGUGUUGGUGUUGGAUCAACAGGCCAUGAGAAUAGUGUCAGCGUGCUGCAAGAUGCAUGAAAUAUCUGCUGAGGGAAUAGCGAUUGUAGAAGACAUCAACAUCAGUCGAGAACCGCUUCCUAAAUUGGAGGCAGUUUACCUAAUCACACCAACGGAGAAGUCUGUCGACGCCUUCAUAAAAGAUUUUAGCGGUGAUUACAUUAUGUACCGUUCUGCUCAUGUUUAUUUUACUGAAGCAUGCCCAGACUGGCUGUUUGAAAAACUAAGGAAAGAUCAAAUUACAAAGUACAUACAAACAUUAAAGGAAAUAAAUGUUGCAUUCAUUCCAUAUGAAUCUCAGGUGUUCUCUCUAGACUCCCCUGAGACAUUCCAGUGUGUCUACAACCAGACCUUUGCUGGUAAUCGCGUCGCCAACCUAGAGAGGAUUGCCGAGCAGAUCGCUACCUUGUGUGCAACUCUCGGGGAAUACCCGUCUAUCUGCUACCGCUCUGAUUUUGAGAAGAACGCAGAGCUGGCGCAGUUGGUGCAGCAGAAGCUGGACGCGUACAAGGCCGAUGAGCCGACCAUGGGGGAGGGUCCGGAGAAGGCUCGGUCCCAGCUGAUCAUACUGGACCGAGGGUUUGACUGUGUGUCUCCUCUACUGCACGAGCUGACACUGCAAGCCAUGGCCUACGACCUGCUGCCGAUAGAGAAUGAUGUCUACAAGUAUAAAACUUCUUCAAGUACAGAGGUAAAAGUGAUUCUGAAUGAAGAAAAUGAGAUGUGGGUGCAGUUACGCCAUGAACACAUAGGCCAUGUACUUAAAAUUGUACCUGAAAAUGUAAAGAAGUUCACAACCUCAAAAAUGAAAGACACGACAUCAAUGGUUGAUCUCAAUCAACUAAUCAAGAAACUUCCGCAUCAUAAAGAAGAGUUGAGAAAAUGUCAAACACUCCUGUCAUUGGCUGAGAACUGUUUUGGGGCGUGGCAGGAUCGAAUGCAAUGUCUAUGCAAUGUCGAACAGGACCUAGCUACGGGUACAGACGUUGAUGGAGAGCGCAUCAAGGACCACAUGCCCAACAUUGUCCCCAUCCUGCUGGACCAAGCGAUCACCAACUACGACAAGAUGAGGAUUAUCCUUUUGUAUAUCUUUAGUCGCAAUGGCAUCUCAGAGGAGAAUCUCAACAAGCUGGUGCAGCACGCACAGAUCCUACCUCAAGAGAAGCAGGCUAUAGCAAACAUGGGCAACUUGGGAGUUAACGUAGUUGUCGAGGGGAAAAAGAAGGAUGUGUACCAAAUUCCACGAAAGGAUCGUUCUAACGAGCAAGUAAAAUACCCACCUCGAUGGACUCCGGUGCUAAAGGAUCUUAUAGAGGACGCCAUUCAAGAUAAAUUGGACCCUUCUCACUUUCCCUACCUAAAAGUCCGGUCUGAAUCUUCUAUCCAACAAUUUCCCAUGAGUGCUCGAUAUGGGCAAUGGAACAAGCCAUUUGUGAGGCAUGUUCCUCGCAUCAUCAUCUUCUGUGUCGGAGGCGUCAGCUUCUCUGAGAUCCGCUCCGCUUACGAAGUCGCUGCUGCCAACAAUAAAUGGGAAGUCAUCGUUGGAUCAUCUCACAUCAUGACUCCAGAGGGAUUCUUGGCGGACUUGGCCAUCUCAGCGCUUAAACUGUAAACGUUUGCACAAUGAACACUGUAUACUUUGAAUUAGCAUCUGAGUUUAGAUAAAACUAGAUAAUCUAUCCAAAUGUUAAUGUUGUAGUUUCUAGAAUGAAAGUGAAAGAACUAUUGUUGAAUUGAGCCAUUGUCAGAGGAGGAUGAUGUAAAUUAAUAUUUUUUUUCUCGAAUAUGCUGACUUUUCGAGCAAGCUUUUUGUGGCACUGAGUAUUUUUAUAAUCAAAAUCACUAAAUGUUUCAGUCCAACUGUUAUAAUGGUUUUUUAAUGUGAAAAUUGCCAUUACUUUUGGAUUAUACUAUCUUUCAAAACGAUGAAUUUGGAACAGUAUUACCCCGUUAUAAGUCGUUAAACGCAUUAAUAUGCUUUUCUAAGAUAUUGAAGGUUUAGUCUGGUAUUCUGACAGAAUUUAUUUUGAUAAAACGUGCUACUUGUACUUUUGGCAUCCCUGUGAUUAUUUGAAACUUAAGUAUUAGCUUAGUGUAAAACUUUAAGUUAGCUUUUAUAAUGUUCAUAUAUCGUGUUUUGUAAAAUAAAAUAGCUUUGAUAAAUACUGUCAUUAAAAGGAUUAUA